UGCAUUUCCAAAUCGUGAUUCAAGUACAAAUUCCAAUGGCUAAGCUUAAAGUUGUUAACAUUGUUUUCUUUGUGUUAUUAGGUAUAGGAAUAUGUUCAGCCGCUAGAACCCUCCUCACUUACGAACAUGUAGGUGUUGGAGGCGGGGUAGGCGCCUAUGGUGCAGGCCAUGGCAUUGGCGGUGGUGCGGGUGUUGCUGUUGCUGGUGGUGGUGGCGGAGGUUCUGGCGGAGGUGGUGGAUAUGCAGCUGCUGGUGACCACGGUUAUGCCGGUGGAGGUGGUAGUGGUGCUGGUGGUGGUUCUGGCUAUGCAGCUGGAGGAGAGCAUGGAGCAGGAUAUGCUGGAGGAGGUGGCGGUGGAAGUGGAGCUGGAGGUGGCUAUGCAGGCGGAGGACAUGACGGUGGAUAUGCCGGAGGAGGUGGCAGUGGAGGUGGAGCAGGAGGUGGUCAUGCUAGCGGAGGAUAUGAUGGUGGAUAUGCCGGAGGAGGUGGCAGUGGAAGUGGAGCAGGAGGUGGUCAUGCUGGCGGAGGACAUGAUGGUGGAUAUGCCGGAGGAGGUGGCGGUGGAAGUGGAGCUGGAGGAGGCCAUGCUGGCGGAGGACACGAUGCUGGAUAUGCUGGUGGAGGUGGUGAAGGCGGUGGUAGCGGAUAUGGUGCUGGAGGAGCAUCAGAUGGUGGAUAUGGUGCUGGAGGUGGUGGAGGCAGUGGUGGUGGCGGUGGAAUUGCGGCAGGUGGAGCACAUGGUGGUGGCUAUGCUGGAGGCGCCGGAGGAGGUACUGGUGGCGGUUAUGGUGCUGGUGGGGCACCAGGAGGUGGAUAUGGUGGUGGAGGUGGGCAUGGAGGUGGUGGUGGUGGUGCCUAUGCUGGAGGAGAAGGAGGAGCCUCAGGUGGUGGAUAUGGUAGCGGAGGAGGAGCUGGUGGUGGUGCAGGAGGAGCACAUGGAGGAGCAUAUGGUGGCGGAGGCGGUAGCGGAGGCGGUGGCGGGGGCGCCUAUGCUGGUGGAGGUGAGCAUGCUGGUGGAUAUGGAGGAGGUGCAGGAGGUGGUGAAGGUGGUGGACACGGUGGUGGCUACGCCCCUUGAUUGGUCAUUCUAAUCAUGCAUCAUUUGCAAUCUAAGUUUUUCAUCUUCUUAUCUACACUACAUUAAAAAAUAAUACAUGAAAUUGUGAUAGGAAGAUGGCAAUAUUGUGAAGGCAAAAAAACUGCAGUAAAGACAUGCAAUCUUAAGUGUAAUAUCAUUUCCUUUAAAAGCAACAUUAAGAUAUAUAUAUAAUUGCUUGCAUUCUUCGUA